UGCUUUGCAUGCAUUCUCUCUCCUCUCUCUCUAACAGCCCCACAAAACUCAUAUAUUUAUAUACACAUACACUGUAAAGUGUAUAUAGAAUUAGAUAGAGAGAGGACAGAGGAGCGACCGCGCCUUCUAUAUUUGGUCUUCGCCCACAUAUUCACCAUCACCGUUGCGCAUCUUAGCUCUGUUGCUCUUCAAACCGCUUCUUCACCGUGUUUUGCCUUGCCUUUACUUCCACUUGGACCACUAUUACUCACUAAUUUCAGUGUUUUUUCGUAUUAGGGGUUGAUUUUUCGUUUUGGGAUUAAAUGGGGUCCAAGGUUUGCAUGAAUGCAUCGUGUGGAACUACUACGACCCGUGAAUGGAAGAGGGGCUGGCGUUUGCGAUCUGGUGGAUAUGCUUGUCUCUGCUAUACUUGCGGGUAUUUUGUGAAUUGGAUUUGGAUUGCUGUUAUGUGCUACAAUAUGGUAUUAUCUACAUAUGAUGAUUCAGUUUAUUGUGAUACAUUCCACUUGGAAGAAUCUGGUUGGAGGGAAUGCAAAAUAUGUAGCAAGCGUCUCCACUGUGGAUGCAUAGCUUCUACUUAUUUACUUGAGAUUUUGGACUUCGGGGGUGUUGGGUGUACUAGCUGUGCAAAGAUUUCUCAACUUCACUCAGUAAGAUCGAUCCAUAGUAAUGAGAUUUCCAAUGCUUUUGGCUCAGUAACAACAAACAAUGCUGUUGGUCUGGAAUCCACUCCUCCAGAAAAUCGAGUGGCUGGUAGUGCCCUCGAUGAGGGAAAACUUGCUCAGCUGUGCAGAAUCAUGGAGGCUAAUAAACCCACACUAUUGUGUCAGUCUGAAGGAGCUGACACAAAUGCAAGUCCUGGGCAUUUCAGACAAGAGGAGGUCAUUCAUCCAAUUGGGGAAGCUGGCACAGGCUUCUCAAAUGAAUCUCAGUUAUCAGUUGGAAUAUCUAGGUUUGCCAAGCCAGACAGUAUUAGACCAAUAUUAGAGAUGAGGGACAUGAAUGGAUCACUUGUUCCAUCUUUGACUAUGACAUUGGGAGCUCCAUCAGGAACUACAAGCUUUGGUCCAUAUCCUUGUGGAGCUGUUGAAGGAAGAGGAAAAAGCAUAACACCUCCCUUUCAGCAAGGGCAAAGAUCUCGCCCAAUAUUGCCCAAGCUCCCAAAGCCUGGCUCUGCUGGGAGUUCAGAGACCAAUAAUGCUGUGGUUCCUGAGUUGCGGAUUGCAAGAACACCUGCUGAGGGGCGGGGGAAGAACCAGUUACUUCCCCGUUACUGGCCAAGGAUCACUGAUCUAGAGCUGCAGCAAUUGUCUGGAGAUUUGAAUUCCAAUAUUGUGCCAUUGUUUGAGAAGGUUCUCAGUGCCAGUGAUGCUGGUCGAAUUGGUCGACUAGUUCUCCCAAAAGCAUGUGCAGAAGCAUAUUUUCCUCCUAUUUCUCAAUCUGAAGGCGUUCCUUUAAGGAUUCAAGAUUUUAAGGGGAGAGAAUGGACAUUUCAGUUCAGAUUUUGGCCCAAUAACAACAGUAGGAUGUAUGUCUUGGAGGGCGUAACCCCUUGUAUACAGUCUAUGCAAUUACAAGCGGGUGAUACAAUAACAUUUAGCCGGAUAGAUCCUGGAGGCAAACUUGUCAUGGGAUUUCGCAAGGCAACAAACAACUCAGAUACACAGGAAGCCCAAACAACUGCACUUCCUAGUGGUACUGCUUCAGCAGAAACUUCUUUUUCUGCCGACGGUGAUAUUGGCUGGAACAAGGGUGAGAGUCAAGGUGGCAAGAUAAAUGGGGAUGCACGGCAUCAACCAACAGCAGAGAAGAAGAGGAAUAGGAAUAUUGGGCCUAAGAGUAAGAGACUACUCAUGCAUAGAGAAGAUGCUUUGGAGUUGCGGCUUACAUGGGAGGAAGCACAGGACUUGCUUCGUCCUCCUCCAAGUGUCAAGCCAAGCAUUGUCACAAUUGAGGACCAUGAAUUUGAAGAAUUUGAUGAGCCUCCAGUUUUUGGCAAGAGGACCAUAUUUGCCCAUCAAUCUUCUGGUGAAGUGCUAAAUGCAAUUUGUAUGGGAGCUGAAUUUAUUAAGCCUCCUGUCAGGGGACAGGAGCAAUGGGCUCAAUGUGAUGAUUGCUCUAAAUGGCGAAAAUUGCCAGAGCAUGUUCUUCUUCCUCCAAAAUGGACCUGUUCAGACAACAUUUGGGAUUCAAGCAGGUGUUUAUGUUCAGCACCAGAGGAGAUUAGUCCAAAGGAUUUGGAUAAUCUCCUAAGAUUGAGCAAAGAUUUUAAGAAGCGACGGAUCGUAGGGAGACAUAAGCCAUCUCCUGAAUGUGAGCCUUCUGGCUUAGAUGCUCUGGCUAGUGCUGCAGUGCUAGGAGACAAUAUAGGUGACACCGGUGAGCCAUCAGUUGGAGCCACUACAAAGCAUCCCCGGCACCGCUCUGGUUGUACUUGUAUUGUGUGCAUUCAGCCACCUAGUGGUAAAGGCAAGCACAAUCCCACAUGCACAUGCAAUGUGUGCAUGACUGUGAAGCGCCGGUUUAAAACCCUCAUGCUGCGUAAGAAAAAACGUCAAUCAGAAGAACAUGAAGCUGAGAUUUCCCAAAAGGACAACAAUGACCACAAGGAUGAAUCUGAAAUGAUUAGCAAAUUGAGUAAUGCAGUGUUGCCUGUAAGUAAUUCAGGGAAUGAAGUCAGUCAAAACAGAAAGCAAACCGAGGUGGCUGAAACCAGUGCUGGAUCACUAGACCUAAAUUGUCAUCCUAAUCGCGACGAAAUGCAGCUGGACAUGCCAGGAUUGAGCAUGAUGAACAUUGGUGAUCCAUUUGACAGUUAUACUAAGCAAAAUGGGCUGCCAAACUUGAUGUGUGAUAGACACUCAAGUUUUGGUCCCUGUUUACAUUCACAGACCAAUGGGGAAUAUCCCAGAACGCUGUCUGAUGAAGCAUUUCAUGAUUCUAUGGGCUGGAAUCGCGAGAGUAGAGGCGAUUGAGGAUACUGUGAAUGCAUUUUAUAGUGGCAGCAUUUCAGAGAGAUAGCCAUUCUCAUAUUUUUCAAAGUGUAAUUGCCGUUUUUUCUUUCUUUCUUCUCUCCAAAGGGAUGGUAUCAGUCAUAGAGAAUGUAAUUUUAUUAAGAUUGUUUUGGCGAUUAUAGUGAGUUAUAUCAUAUGUUCAUUUUUAUUAUAUUGAUUUUGAAAUUCAGCCCUGUAUACACUUUAUAAAAAUUUUUUAUUUUUGCUUUUCAUUUUUCA